AUGUUUCCUUGCGAACAUUUCAGGCAGAGUAGAAUUCACAGCGUCGGAUUACCGGCACGAACGUCCUUGCUUCCGGAACCACCGCCCGCCGGAAGCGGCACUCCACCGCCGAUACCGCGCCGCCAUUCCGCAACACCUGCGGUUGCACCGCCACCGAUACCACUGCGACCGCCAGCGAUCCCGAAACGGAGCAGAAACGAGAAGCCGAUCCCGAUACAAGUAGCAACGAGGAAGAACGCUCAGACGAACCGGCAGAAAGCUAGCGAUCCAGCGCCAACGUCCUCGUCGAUUUUAUCCUCCUCCUGGUCCUGCGAGACUAACAACGACAAGCUAAUCGACCUGGGUCCCCUGCAGGCCCAGGACCAACCUAACGGCCAAGAAUACACGUUGAACUUCACGGGCGAAGAGUCGCGGGAUACGAACGAUGAGAACGAUUUUGUGGCGGACUUCGAUAAAGCGAACUUCGACGGCGACUGCAAGCCGAGUGACAAGUCCAGCUUCGAGGAACUGCAGAAGGCGUCGCGCGACUUGGAGAAGAGGUUGCACGAGAGAACUGUGAAGAGCGCCGGGUCGAAGUUCAAGGAUCAGGCUGGAGAAGGCAGGCAGAGGCAGGCAGCCAACGCGCAGAACAGCAGGCUUCAGUCGUCGAAGACGGGGAAAGAGGGUUCUUGCAAGGAAACUACGGACAGAAAGUCUCGGGAAAAAAUUGCCGUGUCCCGUAGGGAGACCUUGCAGGACGACGAGACGAAGUUUGCAGCCCUGGUGAGGUCGCACCGCGAGGCAGAGAAGAGAUGCAAGUUCGAGGAGCUUCAAGCUGCCUCCAGGAAGCUCGAGAGACGACUGUACGAGGAGGAUGACCAUCUGAGAGCGAACAAAGACAGGUCUGCCGCCAGGUACGACGAGCAGAAAUCCGGGGAAGCGGCUCCACGCGGGAAAUACGAGGCGGAGAUGGACAGAGUGCGGAAUAUUUUGCAGCACAAUCUGAGGAAGGAGAGGAACUGCGAGAAAUUGGAGAAGCUACCGAAAGCGACGCAGACGAAUCUCCCGCCGCCCCUAAGCGCGAUCACGCAGAACUCUGUGCCGAAGCCAAUGAGUGUUCGACAGGACAGCAACGUUUCCUCGGACAGUUUCAGUCAGACCAGCUCGCCUAGUUACACCAGCAAGACCAUGGAGGCUCCUCUUUUACCCCAUAAAUACGGGAAAGUACCAGGUAAGGAUGAAUUAAUUAUCGUGAUAAAAGAAAGAAUCUAGAUUUCAUCCUUUGACUUCUGACUCUUUGCGGAUUUUUAUGUAAAUUCGUAUUUAAAAUUUGAAAAGAAAAAGAAAAUUGGAAAUUUAUGCAUAUUACGAAAGCAAAGAAAUAAAUUAAAAACUGAAAAUAUGUUAUUAGACUGCUGUGUUCUUCCCAUUAAAAAAUAG